UGAGCCAGGGAAGCAUUACAGGUUCGGGUGGAGCUAGCUUUUGUUAUCUCUUAUAGUCUGUGCGUUGACUUUUCCCUCUGCGUAAAGACGCGCUGAACGCAUUCACCGGACGGACUACUUCACCGCCGCUCGCCCUUUUUUUUUUUUGAUCCACUCCCAGCUCCGGCUACACUGAUCCUCGGUCAUGUUUCGUUGUGGUAUCGCCUAUCCCAGAUGCAGGUGGAUUCUGCCCCUGCUUUUGCUCUUCGCCCUUAUUUUUGACCUCAUCGCCAUCGCCGCUACUUCGGGAUGGGUCGAGGACGAGGACGCCAAGUCUCAUUACGCCAAUAUGUGGGAUCAGUGCCGAGGCAGGAACGACCACUGGGACUGCAAGUCGCUCAUGGAGUUCCCGUGGGCCCAGGCUGUAGCUGCUCUGAUGAUCAUCGGCUUCCUCCUCCUCCUCAUUGCCUUCAUCAUCUCGUGUUCGGCUCUGUGCUGCACGGUUGACUUCACACUUCUGCCGGCCAUAAUCGUACUUCUGAUCCUCGUUGUCAUUCUGCAGGUCAUCGCUCUGAUCAUCUAUCCAUCCAAGUUCAGUGAGCAGAUCUUCGAGGGUGACUACUAUUACACCUGGGCUUACGGCUUCGGCUGGGGGGCCACCAUCCUCUGCCUCGGCUGCUCCAUCAUCUUCUGCUGCCUGCCAAAGUACGAGGACGACAUAACCGGAAUAGCCAAGACCAAAUACAUCUACCAAUCUGACUAAAACCCCCGACCCAAUGCGGCCCCUGACCCAUUCCACUCCCACCUGGAUCUGUGCUGGCCAUUAAACAUUUUACACUGUACCAUUUCACCAAAGAUGGACGAUGGCUCAGUUAUGUGUGGAUUGACAGUGGGAAGCCGUGUUCUGCUGUACAAUCUGAGAGUGAAGUUAGAGGCAGCGGGGUGAUACUGUGGACUCUGUUUGGAUCGUUAAUGUACAGAUCUCUAUUUUCAAUUAAGAGUUUGUAUUCUGUUGUGGGGUUUUUUCACAUUUCAGUUAAACAUAUUCCUCGCUGUGCUUUUAUUUUUCACUUUAAUUCUCAAUGCAAUAUCACCCAAGUGCACUUAAGCUUAAGGGAUGUCAUUCUGCUUUAAACCAAUUUAUCUCAUAAAACUUUAAGAGGAAUCCGGGCUAAACACUUUGCACAGGACGCAAAUGGAAUUGAUCUGUCCCAUGUGUUAACGUUGCAUUUUUUUCACUGUGUGUGUUUAGGUUUGGUUUUUUUAGUUUUUUUUUUUCACUGUGUGUGUAUGUGUUUAGUUGUUUUUUUUACUGUGUAUGUUGGUUUGUCACAGUUGAGAAAGAAUAAAACAUGAUUAUCCAGAAGCUGAAUGUACUCAGACACACAUUAAAAUGUAUCUUAGGGGUCAUAUUUGCACCGUAAAGGCUUUUUUAAUGAUUCAUGUCAGCUAUUUGUCUCCAAAAUUUUGUACUUGUAUUUACUAAAGGAUAAAACUGUGGGAGUUUGCGGUGCUGUCAUCUGUUUUGAGACACUAUCAUUACACUUUGUGAGAAGACACUACAGUGUGAUGUGUGACAUAAUACUAAGUAUAUAAGUUCAACAAGCGUUUUCGGUGUUAUAUCCACACUUAAUGGAAUUUUCCUGCAGCUUUGAGCUAAUCGUGGGCUUGCUGCGUUGAUAAAAAUGUUAUAUUUCUGAGGUGUGAAGGGAACAAUUUAAAAUGAAAUUCUUAAUAUUUUAUCCAUUUUGAUUCUUGCCUCAAAAAGUGUUGAGUGAGUUUAAAGGACGCUACUGUUUUUAUUCUAUCACAGUUAUAUAUUAUUUUUGUAGGUAGCACCGAAAGAUCCAUUUCUAAAGCAUUUUCAGUGCAAAUUACACAAAAUCACAGUGUUUGUUCCAUGCCAAAAUGUGCUCAAAAUAGCAUCAAUAGUCUGAAGAAGAUGAUUGAAAUUAUGAUCUUUAUGUUUCUGCAGCGUUUCCCUGUUGGGAUGCAAGUGAAGGAUGAGAACAUAAAAGUGGAAUUUUCUAUGAGAAAGACUUCAACCAUGAAAGGCUUGAUUUGUCAAAGUCACAAAACUAAACAUACUGACUUAAGAUAGACUUUGAGGCCUGCACAUUCUGUUUGAAAGUGGGUCCUUUAGGCUGAUACCUGCAACAAGUAAAAACCUCUUUGGGUUUAAUCAGGUAUAUACACUGUUCAUUUAAGACACAAAUUAAAAGAAAAAGAACCUAUACAAAAACUUUAAUAAACACAUUCCAGGGGAAGUGUAAAUGUACUGCAAUAGAUGUCAAACUACAAGAAAGAAGCGAUAUAUGAAUUUUUGUCUGUCAAAAGUAAGAACUGUUCCAGGUGAAAAACAUUUUAGUCAGUGAAAUAAAAAGAGACUAAAUAGUUGUAAAUAAAACCAUAUAUUCCUCAAUAUGUUACAAGUUAGACGCUAAGCCGUUGGGGGUUUAUAUGAUGCUCUUUAAUGAAUCAUCAUCUGGUUUGAUAAGACAGGAAGGGUCAGGAUGUAGAAUCUUAUAUAACACUGUAUUAAAUAUGUGCCUUAGUUUACACACUUAUUGUUGUGGAGGCUUUAAUCAUUUUUACAUCUUAAUUUAGUUGCACGGACUGUAAUUCAGUUCAUGUUGAGACUAAAUUCAUGCCUGAAUGAGACCAAGUUGUUUUCUUUUAUUACACUGAACGGUUCAGAGCAAAAAAACAUUUUGCAAGUAUUGUAAUUGUCAAUCACAUUCACAAAUCAUUCUUAUUAUUUUUAUUUUUAUCUUUUUUUUUUCUUUUUUUUUUUUACCUUACCCACUAAGCAACAAAUCGUUCCAUGUUAUUUGUGUGAUUUGUUUUAUUUUAAAAAACAAACAAACUGUUAACAUAGUUUAUUAAAACUUAAAAACAGAAAAUAUUUGUAAAACAUGAGACACUAAGGACAGGAUUGUUUCAUAAUCAGAUGUAAAUUCAAGUAAUCUUGUUGUUUGCAACACCAGCUUUGUCAAUAAGUAACAAUAUUGUGUAUGGGUCUAUAUUGUACUGGAGAAUGUCUAUUAACAUUCAGUCAUUUCUGGAAAUCUGAAAACUGUAUUUCUGCUGUAGGUUGAGUUAAGUUUGGUAGUCUGUGUUUUUAAGCAAUAAAGAGUUUCUUUUUUGGAAAAAGCUA